AUGUCUCGUGAUAACGAGGAGAAUGAAUGUAAUGCAACAUUGCCAUUAUCAUUGUCGUUGUCGUCAUCACCAUCAUUAUAUGACUCGGAGGUGGAUCAGGAGUUGGAGCGUAUGCCGUUGGUUCCACCAUUAUGGAAAAACAAAAAGCGCCUUACGAAGCAACUGUCAAUGUGCGAGACGCCACGGGACAUUGCGUGGGAAAAACGUCGACGCCAGAUACUUCGACAAGAGAGGAGAAAGAAUGGAAUCAUCGACUCCGAGGAGUUGACCGAUGAGGAUUUUCAUGAGCUUAAAGGAUGUAUAGAGCUAGGGUUUGGGUUUGAAGAAGAGCAAGGACAGAAAUUGUGCAACACGAUUCCAGCUUUAGACCUGUACUUUGCGGUGAACCGCCAGCUCUCUCCGAGUCCAGUGUCAACACCGCAUAGCCGAGCGUCAACCUCACCCCUUGGUGCUCGCUCGUCCUCGUUUGAGAGCCCAAGGAGCGAGUCUGAUUCUUGGAAAAUAUGCAGCCCAGGAGACAAUCCUCAGCAAGUGAAGACUAAGUUGAGGCAUUGGGCGCAAGCUGUUGCUUGUUCAGUGAUGCAAUCUUCUUAAAAGUAUGGAUGGGAUAUGGAGAUUAUUGUAUAGAGAACAAAGAGAGAGUAAGAAACUAAGAUAAGAUAAUGAGGUUGGCUUGAAGUAGGGUUUUGUUUAACUUGGCAUUAAUGGAUUAAUCUGGGGCAUUUUCUCUUUUUUUGUUUUUCAUUUUUCCACCCAAAUCAUUCUAGCCAUGAAGCCAAGUGUGUGGAGUACAUAAUUGGCUUGU